CCGAGGAAUUUUUGGGGUGCCUGACCCCAAGGUUCACAGAGGAGACAAUUCAGGAUUCCCCUAAAUUAAUUUAGGUUAAAUUUGGGAUUUUUUGGGUCUCCCAGGCGCCACGGAGGUGACGGCAGAGAGAAAAUUUGAAUUUUUUUGUGAUUUUUUUUGGCAUUUCUGCCCCCAAACCCCGAGGAUUUUUGGGGUGCCUGACCCCAGGGCUCACAGAGGAGACAAUUCAAGAUUCCCUUAAAUUAAUUUAGGUUAAAUUUGUGACUUUUUGGGUCUCCCAGGCGCCAUGGAGGUGACGGCGGGGCGAAAAUUUGAAUUUUUUUGUGUUUUUUUUGCAUUUCUGCCCCCAAACCCCGAGGAUUUUUGGGGUGCCUGACCCCAGGGCUCACAGAGGAGACAAUUCAGGAUUCCUCUAAAUUAAUUUAGGUUAAAUUUUGGAUUUUUUGGGUCUCCAGGCGCCAUGGAGGUGACGGCGGGGCGAAAAUUUGAAUUUUUUUGUGAUUUUUUUGGCAUUUCUGCCCCCAAACUCCGGGGAUUUUUGGGGUGCCUGACCCCAGGGCUCACAGAGGAGACAAUUCAGGAUUCCCUUAAAUUAAUUUAGGUUAAAUUUGGGAUUUUUUGGGUCUCCCAGGCGCCAUGGAGGUGACGGCGGGGCGAAAAUUUGAAUUUUUUCAUGGUGUUUUUUUGGCAUUUCUGCCCCCAAACCCCGAGGAUUUUUGGGGUGCCUGACCCCAGGGCUCACAGAGGAGACAAUUCAGGAUUCCCUUAAAUUAAUUUAGGUUAAAUUUGGGAUUUUUUGGGUCACCCAGGCACCAUGGAGGUGACGGCAGAGAGAAAAUUUGAAUUUUUUCGUGAUUUUUUUGCAUUUCUGCCCCCAAACCCCGGGGAUUUUUGGGGUGCCUGACCCCAGGGCUCACAGAGGAGACAAUUCAGGAUUCCCUUAAAUUAAUUUAGGUUAAAUUUGUGACUUUUUGGGUCUCCCAGGCGCCAUGGAGGUGACGGCGGGGCGAAAAUUUGAAUUUUUUCGUGAUUUUUUUUGCAUUUCUGCCCCCAAACCCCGAGGAUUUUUGGGGUGCCUGACCCCAGGGCUCACAGAGGAGACAAUUCAGGAUUCCCUUAAAUUAAUUUAGGUUAAAUUUGGGAUUUUUUGGGUCUCCCAGGCGCCAUGGAGGUGACGGCGGGGCGAAAAUUUGAAUUUUUUAAUGGGAUUUUUUUGCAUUUCUGCCCCCAAACCCCGAGGAUUUUUGGGGUGCCUGACCCCAGGGCUCACAGAGGAGACAUUUUAGGUUAAAUUUGUGCCUUUUUGGGUCUCCAGGCGCCAUGGAGGUGACGGUGGGCACGGCGGCGCUGGCCCUGGCGCUGCUGCUGCUGCCGCUGCUCUACGAGCGCUGCGGCUCCUUCCGCUUCUUCUGCAAGAUGGGCUUCUACAACGGCUGGAUCCUGCUGCUGGCCCUGCUGGCCAUCCCCCUCUGCGCCCUCCGGGGCAGGGACGUGGAGAACAUGAAGAUCAUCCGGGGGCUGAUGCAGCACGUCAAGAGGCUCUACGGGAUCCGCAUGGUGGUCCGGGGGGCGCAGCACUUCCCCCCACGGCAGCCCUACGUGGUGGUCAGCAACCACCAGAGCUCGCUGGACCUGCUGGGGAUGAUGGAGGUGCUCCCAGACCGCUGCGUCCCCAUCGCCAAGCGCGAGCUGCUCUACAUGGGCGCCGUGGGCGUGGUCUGCUGGCUCGGGGGCAUCAUCUUCAUCGACCGCAAGAGAACGCACGACGCCAUCAGCGUCAUGGCCGAGGCUGCGCACACCAUGCUCAGCCAGGACGUGCGGGUGUGGGUGUUCCCCGAGGGCACGCGCAACCACAGCGGCUCCAUGCUGCCCUUCAAGCGCGGCGCCUUCCACCUGGCCGUGCAGGCCCAGGUCCCCGUCGUCCCCAUCGUCAUCUCGUCCUACCAGCACUUCUACAGCAAACGGGAGCGCAGGUUCACCGCCGGGCAGUGCGUGAUCCAGGUGCUGCCGCCGCUGCCCACGCGGGGGCUGGGCCCGGCCGACGUCCCCGCGCUGACCGAGCGCGUCCGCGCCGCCAUGCUGGACGCCUUCGAGGCCCUGUCGGCCGAGCUGCGGCCUCGGGCCACGCCCGGUGACCCACGGCGUGACCCACGGAGUGACCCACGGAGUGACCCACGGAGUGACCCACGGGGUGACCCACGGGGUGACCCACGGAGUGACCCACGGGGUGACCCACGGGGUGACCAAUGGAGUGACCCAAGGAGUGACCCAUGGAGUGACCCACGGAGUGACCCACGGAGUGACCCACGGGGUGACCCAAGGGGUGACCCACGGAGUGACCCACAGAGUGACCCACGGAGUGACCCACGGGGUGACCCACGGAGUGACUCAAGGGGUGACCAAAGGAGUGACCCCCGGAGUGACUCAAGGGGUGACCCACGGAGUGACCCCCGGGGUGACCCACGGGGUAACCCACCGAGUGACCCACGGAGUGACCCACGGAGUGACCCACGGCGUGACCCACGGAGUGACCCACGGGGUGACCCAAGGGGUGACCCACGGGGUGACCCACGGAGUGACCCACGGAGUGACCCAUGGGGUGACCCACGGAGUGACCCACGGGGUGACCCACGGAGUGACCCACGGAGUGACCCAUGGAGUGACCCAUGGAGUGACCCAAAGGGUGACCACCGCAGUGACCCAAGGAGUGACCCACGCAGCCCCACGGCCACCCCAAGUAACCACUGCAGUGACCCAAGGAGUGACCUCCAGAGUGAUCGCCACAGCCCCACGGCCCUGAGUGACCCCUGGAGUGACCAACACAACCACACGGCCCUGAGUGACCCACAGAGUGGCCACCACAGCCCCAUGGCCACCCAGAGUGACCCCCAGAGUGACCACCUCAGCCCCACGGCCACCCAGAGUGACCCCCAGAGUGACCGCCACAGCCCCACGGCCACCCAGAGCGACCCCUGGAGUGACCGCCACAGCCCCACGGCCACCUGGAGCGACCCCCAGAGUGACCCACAGAGUGACCACCACAACCACACGACCACCCAGAGUGACCGCCACAGCCCCACGGCCACCCAGAGUGACCCACAGCGUCCGGCGGUGACCCAGAGUGACCCCCAGCGCCCCCCAGACCCCUGGAGUGCCCCCCGGUGUCCGGCAGUGACCCAGAGUGACCCCCAGAGUGACCCCCAGCGCCCCACGCCGCAGUGA